CUACAGAAUUGCAGACUUUGGGAUUGUCUGCACAGAAGGACUCCUCAAAACCAACCCAAAGAGGAUGACGACGACCACGAGAUCUUACGCUUUUGGGUCCCACAGAGAAGCUUCUCAACCCAAUCAGUUCAAUCGCUUUCUCCAAGUUUCAAGAAUUUGAAGAGAGAUUCGCUGACGUCUGCGUCGACUAUCGCUGAAGAUGACGGUCCCAUCGGUUUACCACAAUUCACACAAAGAAGACAUUCAGAUAUAUCGCGAGCAAUGGUCGGAAGGAGUCACGAAUGGCCCCAAAGAAUCAUCAAAUUCUCGAGUACUGACUACUUCUUAGAGCGGACUAACUCUGUGUCUAGUAUUAAGCUAUCACUCUAUAAGGAAGUCCUCAAUAAUGCCGUAUGUGAAAGAAGUUCGAUCACAGAAGAGGGAGAAAUGAGUUGUCAACCAAAGUGUAUGACCGAUAAGAGUGACAAUUCAUCGGUUGACGAAACACUCACUUUCGGGACGCUAUCCUUCUCUACAAACUAUGAUCAAAAGAAAAAGAGGCUUAACAUACAUUUGGACAAAGCGUGUGAUUUGCCGCAUAGGGGACGGCGGAAGACAUACGACACGAUUAUAAAACUGAAUUUAAUGGACAAACAAAAUGAGGCAAAUCUGCGGAACAGCUUUACGGCAAAGGAUGCCGUUUCUGUGCAAUCGUCCCGAAAAGUGAAGAAC